UAAGCCUUUUUUUUCACUUACCUCGAUUCGUGCGCUAACAAUUUUCGUAUCUUGUUCAGCCUUGUUGAAGUUGAAAACCAGCAAUAGCACAAAACAAUGAGCAAUAAUCAAUUUGGCCAUAUUUAACUAGUUAAUUUGAAUAGGGCAGAGUCGUACUACUUUUGUGCUUAUGUGGCUUGUUUUUGAAGAGGAAAAAUUAUCAAGUUUGUGAUUAAAAAACAAGAUUUAAAUUUGAGGUUAGGAAACCGCGAUUUACUGUGGCGCCAUCUAUCAAUCUUGGCUAGUAUGUCUAGUAUGUUUAGUUGGCGACAAAUUAAAUUUUUCAUUAUCACUGGCUUUUAUAGUCACUGUAGCUUUUAUUAAUGAAAUUAAAAAGAACGGAGUCCUUCUUUUGUGCUUAUGUGGCUAAUUUUGAAGGGGAAAAACAACAUUAAAUAGGAUCGGUUAGAAAACAUUGUAGAAAACCCAUAGUUACCGUGGCGCCAUCUAUCAAUCUAUUCUUAAAACUUAUAUAUUUAAUUGGCGGCAAUUCAAAUUUAUCUAUGGCUUUAUACUUUUAUCGUUUUUUUAAUUAACUUUUCAGUUAAAUUAAAAAUUAAUACAAGCAAACAAUAAUAAAACAUAAUUAUUUCUAUUAUUAUAAUAGAGAAACAAUUAAAAUUAUUAUUAUUUAAGUUUGAAUACAAUAGAAGUAUGUAUAUGCGAAAAAUUUGUUUACUUAGAUAAAAGUAUAUAAAUACAUCAUCUUAUCAAAUUAUAUACAUAUGUAAAUAAACACUACUUGUACUGCUUCGGGUAUUACAAGCAGUAGGCUUACUAUGUUGUUACGUGAAUUGAAAUAAUUACAUAUUAUUGAAUUUUUAUUUAAAUUUUCUCGCUAAAUAUAAUAUGGUACAAUUACUACUCAUUUUGUAAAUUCUAGCAAAAAGACUCAAGUACCUACUACUGAUUCGAAAAAUUCCCUUUGCAAAUUAAUAAAUUAAUUAUAUAUAGGUAUCUUUAUAAAGGCCUGCACUUCUAAUUAGUAGGCAAUAUAAUAUUGAAUAUCGUCAACUGAGUAGGUAACAAACAGCAGGCAGAAGUCUUUCAAUUCCGAAUGAGAAUUAUUUUUAAUUGGUAAAUAAUAAUUAAAAAGAUUGCAUUUUGAUGUUUUUCUUGAUAUAAAACUAUGAACGAAGACCAGAAAUUUAGUGAAAUGCUACCAAGUACAGUGACAUUUCUUGAUGGAAGGAUUUUCUCGCUUGAUGAAGUACAAUAAUAAUUGCCAAUCAUUUUUCAAUGCACUUCCAACGCAAACACAUUAAAAAAUACAUAUUACAUAAAAAAAAAUGGGCUCUAAGUUCCGAAAUAAAAAACCCAGAAAAGUUUUCAUUUACUGCAUGGUCUUGGAAACAAGACAGAAAUCUCGAACCCAAAGGUCGCAAUUAAUUAACGAAAUCGAAUUCGAUUCUGAUAAAAGAUUUGAAAAGUUGUGCUAUUGUGGUCAAGGCUGUACACGAAUCCCCGAAGCAUUGGCAAAGCUCUAUGGGCAUAAAGUGCAAAGCUUAGAUCUCAGCUACAAUGAAUUGCUAACACUUAAGGGCCUUGGCGCAUUUACGGAUCUACGAGAGUUGGUUUUGGACAACAAUGAAAUACGAGAUUCUCUGGUGGUACCUGACUUACCAAAAUUGCAUACGUUGUCUUUGAAUAAAAACCAGAUAUGCAAUUUAGAAUCGUUUCUUUUGCAAGUUAAAGAAAAAUUACCAAUGCUAAGUUAUCUUAGUCUUUUGGGUAAUCAAGCUUGUCCUAAUCAACUUUCAAAUCAAGAAAAUGAUGAUGAAGAUUAUCAACGAUACAGAUAUUUUGUCCUACAUCAUCUUCCAAACCUCAAAUUCCUUGAUUCCAAUAGAGUAACAAAUCAAGAACGAACUGAAGCAAAGAGAAGGGGCAAAUUCAUGAACGUAGUUACACCAGCGUCUUUUUUAGAGGGCAGCCUUGACGUUAAUGUUAACGUUAAUCAAAUGAAUUUAUCUGGGAGGUUGAAAUAUACUCCAUUGCCUAGAGCUAUGAGGAAUCCUGAAGAUUAUAAAGGGGCUUAUGGAAAGUGCAGGUAUCGGUACAGUGGAAAACAUUCUGAGGGAAAUCGAUUUAUUUCCAAUAGUGAUCUUUGAAAGUAAAAUAUUUUAUCUUCAUCCUUAUUUUAAAUAAAACUUAUUCAUAGUAAAAACCAUUUAUUACUAUAAUCGGUUAAGAAAAUAUAUGCAUCAUCGACUUAUUGAAUACAAUUAUAGCUAAAACAUGUUUCAUAAACUUUAUCCUUAAAAUACAACAUUAUUUUUAAUUCAGGAAAUAUACAGAAGGGCUCGAAACAUUAACAUUAAAAAUAAAAUAUUGCUAAUAAAACAUUUUUAGCAAAGCCAACCGAAGUGGAGCGUUUGCUUUACAAUAUUGCUUAAAACACUUUUCACAUUCAUAUAUUGAAAUUUCACACACUUAAAUUAAUGGAAAAUAGUAUCCACAAUUUGGGACCACAAUCACAAAUGGAAUUAGAAUUAUCCCUAAACUAAAAUUAUAAAUUGCAUUAUUACGAAAGACGCGUACCCACGGUGGGUCUUAAUGGUAGACAACCUUCCACCCAGAAGUUGGGUCGUUCCAACAUACUUUUCCAUAGAUUAAGUUCUUUGCCUGUCGAGUCCAUCCAUUCCACUGGUUUGCCAAAGUGUUUAC